AUGUUCAUAUGGUAUGACGCCACUAUCGAUUUAUUGUCCCGCGAAGACCUUGUCCUUCCGUUGUCAUACUUGGAAGGCGUCCUCCGACACGGGCGUUUCGAUGGAUGGAACUAUGAAUAUUUAAUUGGCUGCAGGGAAGAGUUUGUGGUAAUUCUGGCAGGACUUGCAAGGCUGGCGAAGCAAUAUGAGACCUCUCGGGAGAUGGAAAAUCUCUAUUUUGAUAUGACCGCAGUGGACGAAGUCGAGGAGACUUUGCAGCACAUCCCUUCCGAGUAUCCCUUCUUCGACACUGACGCGGAUGAAGAGACUCUUAACUUGGUUCGAGAUUGUUACCACUGCGGGAAGCGUGGCGAAAUGGUCUCUUCCUUUAUAUUCAACGAAUAUUUCGGUGGACGUGUUGGGAUCCAGCUCCGCUGA